UUUUGCGUCGGUCACGUCCGCUUUCCUUUAUUUCCUUCAGUACUUUUUUGUCGCCCCGGCGUCGGAAGGGCGCAGGCCCGACGGCGUCGCGACGCAUUCUGCGGGUAAGUCCGUGCGGCGGGCGGCAGUCGCCGAACCGUUCGCGUACAGGACACACCCUCGUAAAAAACAGUCGGACCACACACAAAAAAUUGACACAAGUCACCGUUUCAAACCUGGUCAACAUGUGAAUUAUUUGGACGUACGUGUCGCGUGAAUUGCGUCCGGCCAUUUAAAUAAAAGUUUUCGUUCCGUCAUUCACACACACACGCACACAAACACGUUAGAAAGACCGGAAGCUUGCCUUCUAUAUAUUGUUGUUGAUUUCGUUCUGUACGGCCGAUGAAAAAGAAAUUUAUAUUUUUGUUUGCCCUGUUUAUUUUCGCCUCCUUCGUCGUUUUCGGGUUCAUGUUUUUGAUCAUAUUAACCUCUAGUUUGCGUAAAUAACCCAAAUAAAAGUUUUGAAGCCUUAAGCAGUAACCAAAAAUUAAAACUAAAAGAAAGAACUGUGGUAUCGAGAGUAACACGUUUUUGCGAAACGUCCCUGGUGUAUGUGAUAAUGCCUUAUAUAUUGUAGACGGAGUAGCUUUUUAUACGCGUAUUAUUAUAUAAAAAACAAAAAAAAAAAUUAAACCGCUCAAUAGAUAUUUCGUAAGCUUACAAGUUAUUACUGGUGAUGAUUCAAGUGCUCAUGCGCAGGAAUUUCUGAAGGAACACAUUCACACUUUUUGAAACAUGUCCAAGGUCAUCAAUGCAUACAGGAUUAAGAAAAUAGAGAGUCUGGGCAAGAUGACAGCGAUGACGCAAGAGGAGAUCGUGGCGGCCGUGAAGACGGUGGCUCAGGGUUUGGACGCGCUUCGGUCGGAGCAUGCUGGUCUCCUGCACGGCAUCCAAGAGGCCCCCGAUCCGGUGGUCAGCGAACGAGCUGGUCUCGUUCAGCAGAGCGCCGACAUGAUCGAACUGGGCCUCGGGGAAGCACAGGUGAUUAUGGCCUUGGCCUCACAUCUUCAAUUGAUCGAGGCAGAGAAACACAAGCUCCGGACCCAAGUGCGCAGAUUAUGCCAAGAAAAUGCCUGGCUUAGAGACGAACUGGCCUCCACACAACAAAGGCUACAGUCGAGCGAACAGAUGGUGGCGCAACUGGAAGAGGAGAAGAAACACUUGGAAUUCAUGAAGACGGUAAAGGUCUACGACCAGGACCUGAACGACGACAACUCGUCGGAACACUCGCGAAACGAGAAACCCGAUCCGGUGGUCGACCUGUUCGCCGACGAUGAUAAUGACGAAAGGAACCCUAUGUCACCGACUCCACCGAACCAGCUGCAGCUGUCACAGCAGGUGAACGCGGGCUACGAGAUCCCCGCACGUUUGCGUACCUUGCACAACCUUGUUAUACAGUACGCGUCCCAGGGACGGUACGAAGUGGCCGUGCCCCUCUGCAAACAGGCGCUCGAGGACCUCGAAAGGACCAGCGGUCACGAUCAUCCGGAUGUUGCCACUAUGUUGAACAUUUUGGCUCUAGUGUACCGUGACCAAAACAAGUACAAGGAGGCGGCCAAUCUUUUGAACGAUGCCCUCGCCAUCCGUGAGAAGACGCUGGGUGAGAACCAUCCGGCAGUCGCCGCCACCUUGAACAAUCUGGCCGUGUUGUACGGCAAACGGGGCAAGUACAAGGAGGCGGAGCCGCUGUGCAAACGGGCACUGGACAUCAGAGAGAAGGUGUUGGGCAAGGAACACCCUGACGUGGCCAAGCAGCUCAACAAUCUCGCUUUGCUUUGCCAAAACCAAGGCAAAUACGAGGAAGUUGAAAAGUAUUACCAGAGAGCAUUGGAGAUCUACGAAAAGCGUCUAGGUUCGGACGAUCCGAACGUGAGCAAGACGAUGAACAACCUGGCCUCCUGCUAUCUGAAACAGGGCAAAUACAAAGAGGCCGAGGUACUCUACAAGCAGAUCCUGAACAGGGCGCACGAACGCGAGUUCGGCACCAUUGACGGCGACAACAAACCAAUCUGGCAAGUGGCCGAGGAACGGGAGGAGAACAAAGCGAAGAACAAGGAGAACGCCCCGUACGGCGAAUACGGUGGCUGGCACAAGGCCGCCAAAGUAGACUCCCCGACUGUCACCACAACAUUGAAAAAUCUCGGGGCCCUCUACCGUCGACAGGGCAAGUACGAGGCGGCAGAGACCCUGGAGGACUGCGCACUCAGAAGCCGGAAAGAGCAUGUGCAACAAGCUUUGGACAUUGUGAAACACUCGAAAGUUGCCAACAUCCUCGGCGAUUUGGAGAGACGUAAGUCGGGAAGCGUUAAAGACAAAACGUCGCGUCGAGGCUCCCGAGAAUCACUCGAGAUGAGCUACGAUGGAGACGAGAACACCGCCCGCACACCGGACACGGAAAAGAGCGGCCUGAAAACGAAAAUCUUUAACGCCCUCGGCAUCCACUCGCCAGUGGGCAAGCCCAGUUCUUAAUCACGUUACAUUUUAAGCUGCAAACAGAUUUAUAUUUAUUUUAUGAUUGUUACGAUCGUUGUUGGGCUUUCGUUUCUCCAUUACCACGCGACGGAUCGUCACCGAGUGUCAACGAAAACUUAGUUGAAUGGUUUUUUUAUUAUUAUUAUUUUUUUAAUAGCGUUUUUUUACAUUCCAUCUAUUUAAUGUAAUUGGGUGCAUUUUUAGACAAAUAUGGUAACGAACAAGUGGGCCUGGGUGCUAGCAAUGUCAAUUUUUAAUGCUUACAGGACUUAAAAGUAUUAUUCUUUAUAUGGUGUUAGAAGUAGGUCGUAGUUGUUAGUGACCAGUAGAGGAAUUCACCAUGUCCAAAGCAGAUUCCGGCGUUUUUAGUGCCUUAUGUCUUACAAUAAUGAUGAGAAGCAUUUAAUACUUUAAUUUUUUGUUCAAAAUCUCAUUCUUUCUCAGUUUACUACAGCACAACAUUCUACUAAAUGAUUAUUUUAAAACGUCUGCUUGGAUGUGGUGAUUUAUUUUAGUGUGAUCCUUCAUUACACCCAAUAUUUCGUCGUGCCCAAACAUAGAUAUUUACGUUAUUGAACUAAACAUUUGAUUUGUUAUCUGUGAUAGAGGAUUUUUAAGUGGCAUAUUUUUGAAGCUACUAUGAAGAGUUUAUGCAAUAAAUUGUGUUAUAUAAUAGUUUAUUAACUGAAGUAUCUAUAUGCAGGUUAGAGCUUGAAAUUACAAAUUUAAACAUUUUAGAUUUGCAAUUUUACGUUCCGACGUUGUUUUUCUGUUACUGUAUUUCCUACAAAUGCAAUUACGAACUUCGAGCCUAAACAAAUGAAAAUAUAAAGUUCCAAAAUUACUGGAUUUAAUUUUGGCACUUGAUUGUUUAAGGACCUAAAAUUUUGCCAACUUGUAGAAUAAGAUUAAAGUUUGUCUCGUGAUUUAAAUAUGCAUUUAACUUAACAACUUAAAAGAAACAAAUGUAGAGCAAGCAAUUCAUGAAGAAGCUUAAAGUGUAAUAAUCGUUUUUAUUGAUGUAGAUCAGAUUUUUUAUUUUAAUUAGUAUUAUUCAACCAUUUUUAUUUUUUAUUUAUUUUUAAAAACGAUGUAAGAGCUAAGUGUCUUAUAGAUUUAUAUAUUUGUUAUUAUUUUUAUGUAAUAGUGUGUUUUUUUAAUAAGCUUUACUCAGGUGCACUAUCUGAAGUAACGAAAACAUGGAUUUUGUCGUAUUUUAAUUUUGUAAAAUCUCUUUUUUGUGACGUCUUCCCUUAAUUUUUGAUCAACACAAACUCGUCAUCCACGAUAAUAUACAAUAUUUUGUCUUCCAAUGGAUUUUAACAUUGUUUUAUUAUAUUAUAUAUUUUUUAAAUUAACUUUUAUUUUAACAUAUUGUGAAAACAUCUCAAUUAACUAAGCUCCUUUUCCAGAAGGAGCCUAAUUUUUUGAGUUUGUACGCCUAUACUAAAUAUGUACACUAUUAACAAAGGAACAAAAAUAAUUUUUCACACGGUAGAAGCUUUCCGAUAGUAGAACAACUUAAAUCAAGUCCAACUAAGAAUCAUUUAUGUUUGUUAAAAAUUGUUUACAAUAAAUGCAUAUGUUUAUUGAUA